CUUCACAACCUCUCCCAUAUACACACACGAAUCAUGGACGACGCGACCACCGAACUCACCGAACGCUUCGAGCGCUACUGCGACACGAAAGACCAUGAACUCCCCUCGGAUGUCCUCGCGGAAUUGCAGUCAAUGCUGCGACUGUACUCGAUAUCUGCCGAGGAGCUGGAUUUCAAAUGGCAGGCAUACAGCAUAAAGAUGGGCGCCGAGGGAGAGAAGAUGGAGCUGAAGAGCGUACGGGCUUUCAAAAGGACCAUCCAGGACACAUUGGAACGCGAAAGCCGAGGGAAAGCACAGCAGAGGACUGAGGUCAAGAGAGAACGCCCGACACCGAGAGGGAAGGGCGGAGACAUGUACGAUAUGAUCGAGGGACUGAUACCGAACACGCCCCGCGCGAACGGAAGUGCAGUGAAGCGCAAGAGCAACUUCGACACACCCAGCGGGCGAGCAAGCAAGGCGCAUCUCAUGAGCUCGCCUGCUGGAGGUCUCACACCAAAGGGGGAUACUUCAGCUGGGCCGGCAUUUGACUUCACGACCCGCGUAAACGCAAACGACAUCACCGAACAAUUCAUGAGCAGCGAUAUGGCACUUCCAGAUCCUCCCUCUGAACCGCCGACCGUACCGCGCAUGAAGUUGAAGGCAAACACGGAUAUGUCCAAGUUCUCGUACCGCACUAUGACUAUGAAGCUGUCCGAAGCGUCAGAAGUCCUCGACGACAGGAUAGACGAGUUUCGCCAGCUUAUUCAAGAAUCGAUGGGCUUGGAUGAUGGCGCAUUUGGAAACCCCAGUCUGCCAUCACCAAACCAGAUCAUCGCAGUAGGACGCAUAGCAAGCGACACAAGCGAAGGGAAGCUUAACACAGCAUCACUCGUCCUUGAAGGCUCGCGGCGCAUGGGUUCAGGGCGUCGAGUGCCACUGAAGGUCGACAGCCUCCCCUCCUACAACUUCUUCCCCGGCCAGAUCGUCGCUCUACGCGGAACCAACGCCAGCGGCGACAUCUUCGUUGUCUCCGAGAUCCUCUCCCUCCCUCUUCUCAACCCUCCAGCCACCAGACCUGAAGAACUCGACGCCAUCAACACACGCUACCUUGACACACCUGACUCUGACCCCGACAACGCCCGUCCACUGACCAUGAUGGUAGCCGCAGGACCCUACACAACCGACCAAAACCUCGACUUCGCACCGCUCCACACCUUCCUUGACAACGCCACCUCCGCCUACGCAGAUACUAUCAUCCUGCUCGGCCCCUUCCUCGACACGGAACACCCCCAGAUACGCACCGGCGACUUCGACGCCCCGCCAAACGCAGCACCAGACCAGGCGACUAUGACCGAUCUAUUCCGACAUCACAUCUCAAGCGCGCUACAGGAUUUCGUGGCCAGGAAUGCUACGUGCAACGUCAUCCUCGUCCCGAGUCUGCGAGACGCACACCACCACGCGGCCGCCUUUCCUCAGGACAAAUUCAACAAGCGCGACCUCGGCCUCGGUGCGGCAGGUAAAAUGGUUCAAUGCGUCACCAACCCGAUGACAUUAUCCAUGAACGAGAUCACUGUGGGCAUGAGCUCCGUUGACAUCCUGAGCAUGUUGAGGCAGGAAGAGAUCAGCGGCGGGAAAGCGAAGGGUGUUAAUUUCUACGAGAGGGGGGCGAGGAAUGUGCUUGAACAGAGGAGUUUUCUUCCUGUUUUCCCGCCGAUGAGUAGAGAGAAGUAUAUCAAGCCUGUAGAGGUGGAGGAGAAAUUGGUGGAAGGGGAGGGAGAGGAUGCUGCAGAUGAGAAGCCGAGUCCGUUCCUGCCCAUCGGCACACCGCUCGACACGAGUUACCUCAAGCUUGGUGAGAUGCUGAAUGUGAGGCCGGAUAUACUUGUUAUACCUAGUGUUUUGCAAGGCACUGUUAAGGUCGUCGAAUCCGUCCUAGUAAUCAACCCGGGUACCCUCGCAAAGCGUCGCGCAGCCGGCACGUACGCAAGAGUCAUUGUCCAGCCCGCGAAGGUUACGGAUGAGGAGAGGCAGAGGGGUGUUGCGGUUGCGCAUCGGCUGUGGGAGAGAAGUAGGGUAGAUAUUGUGAAGAUAUAAAGGGCUCUUGGCUUGGACGUAGGGUGCAGAGUUAAUGUGCUGAAGAGAUUUGCGAGGUUGUGACGAUGGCGAAGUGUAUGUUGUGAUCGUUGCAAGUGGCGUAGAGAGAGGUGAAGUGCGAAUGUUGACAAGGAUGAG